CGGUGGAUUGUGGGAUCGGCUCCAGGCUGGUUAAACGAGCGCCGAGCUGCCGCCAACUCCAGGCGCGAUGAGCGGCGCGCCGAGACCCAGUAGCGGAGGCCCCCCUGCCGGCGGCUCGAUGCUGCCUGAGCUGCUCCGGCAAGUUUUAAGUGCAGUUUUUCUUUGCUUUUCAUCUUCUGUCAACUUUCGUUGCUCCAACGAGAACCGUCCCGGCUUCUCCUGUCAAACUUUGUAGCUGAAAGCCCUCACCUUUGGAACUAUUCCACUAAAUCUCUCCUGUGCCCUGCCUAGAGUCUUCACAGCUUUCUUAUUUGUGGUGACCAGAACUGGGCAUCAGACUUCAGCUGUGGCCUCACCAGUGCUUCGUACAGGUAUUAGUGCAGAUUAUUUUAAACCUCGAGAUAAUGGAUGUGAACACUAACUUCACCAAUGACCAUCUGACUCAGUAUGCAAUCCAGCUGAGUUUACAAGAAGCUAGUAAUCAGUCAGCUCAGUGUAAUGAAAGCACUUUACCACUCAGCCAAGAAAACAGACAGAUCGUGAAAGCAAUCAGGCAAGGAGAAAUAUUUGAACUACAACAGUUGACGAAACAUAAAUUUGCCUUGGAUGAAGCAGACGAGAAGGGGUGGUUUCCAUUGCAUGAAGCUGCUAUUCAGCCCAUUCAACAAGUGCUUGAGGUUGUAUUAGACUCAUCAUAUAAAACAAUCUGGCAACAAAAGACCGAAGAUGGAGAAACUCCACUUACUCUGGCUGCUGCAGCUGGGUUAUUGGGGAAUGUGCAGGCUCUUUUGGAGAAGCGAAUUUGUCCCAAUAUUACUAACAAUAAGGGAGAAACACCACUAUUGAUUGCUGUGAGGAGGAAUGCCUACAAGGUGGUAUCGGUGUUGCUACAACACGGGGCACUUAUUAACCGGCCUUGUGUCAGACGAUGGACAGCGAUGCACGAAGCAGCAAAGCAAGGACAUGACGAUAUGGUAGCAUUGUUGUUAAGGAACGAUGGGAACAUCAAUCAGAAGGAUGGGUAUGGAGUAACUCCUGUUGCCACAGCUGCUGCAUUUGGACACUGCAGUGUGCUGGAAUAUCUCAUUCACAAAGGAGGUGAUAUUCAUGCCCAAGCAGAUGAUGGUGCUUCGGUGCUCUUUGAAGCAGCCGAAGGUGGGAACCCAGAUUGUAUCACAGUGCUGCUGGAAUAUGGAGCCAAUCCCAAUGCACCAGACAAUGCAGGUCACCUUCCAAUUCACAGGGCAGCACAAGAGGGACAUUACUUGGCCUUGAAGCUUCUAAUUCCAGUCACUCGGAAGUCUGCAAUUAAGAGAAGUGGGAUAAAUCCAAUCCAUUUGGCUGCUGACAAUGGCAGUACCCAGUGCCUGGAAUUACUGAUUGAAAGUGGAUUUGACGUUAAUGCAGUUAUAAAUGAAGAGAUAGCUGCAACCUACGAUGAUAAGCGGAGGACAGCUCUGUUUAUUGCUGUGUCUAAUAACGAUAUUGCCUGCACUGAACUCCUGCUGAAAGGGGGUGCACUACAAAACCAAGACCCACUCUCCUGCCUCCUUGUAGCAGUGAGAGCAGGGAAUCACGAGCUGGUGCGAUUACUCCUACGUCACGGCGCCAACGUCAACAGCUACUUCACACUAAUUAAUGAUACUCACUUUCCUACUGCCAUUCAGUAUGCUGUAAAAGAUGAAAUGAUGCUGAGGCUCUUGCUCAAUAAUGGCUACAACGUACCAAUGUGCUUUGACUGCAUACACUCCGACAGCCUUGGAAGGUUUCUUGUCCAUCGGGUGAUUGAAUCAAAGUCCUAUAUCACCUCAUUCUGCGAGUUCAUCACCGUUCCAUGGAUGCGUCAUUUGGUCGGAAGGGUAGUGCGUGUGCUGAUAGAUUACGUGGAUUACGUUUCCUUCUGUGUGAAAUUAAAGCCUGUACUUGAGAAGCAAAAGGAAUGGCCCGAGAUCUGUCACAUCAUGGAAAACCCUCGUCAUUUGAAGCAUUUGUGCCGACUGAAAAUACGGAAAAAUAUGGGGCAAAGGCGGCUGCAAGACCCUACAUGUUUAGCAUUGCUUCCUCUCCCUCCAAUGCUUGUGGAUUACCUCUUGUAUAAGGAAUAUGAUCUAUAUGGAAGAGGUCUUGAUCCACUGCAUUAGUAAUGUGAACUAUAAUCAUUUUGUGCCAUAAUUGUAGUUACAGAGCAUUAUAAUUCAUAUUCUUAAAUUGGUCAUAAAACCAUUGAAUUAUCUACUGCAGUGAACCACCAUCUUGCUGAAUCAGCCAGUACAUUUAGUGCAACAAAUAACAAGUCUGCAGCUUUAAGCAUUGGAGCACUUCUUGCUAAUCUACUCUGCAAUUACAAUAUUUGCAAAUCACAAAAGAUAAAAAUACAGAGCUUUUCAAAUAGGAAACUGAACCAACCAGAAGGCUUUGUUUUAAAACAAUCUCCUGCAUGUCUAACAGAAUAAACCUGCAACAUUAUUCCUGCAUUACUAAACAUGACUUCUUUGCCGUACACAACCCCUUCAAUUUACCAAAAGGUUUGGAGCAUAUCUUCAUAUUUUAAUACAGUUUUCAAAGUCAGCUAUUUGUGUAGCAGCUCAAGUAAAGAAACUUUACUUCUUGGGUAUACUUAGUCUCACCACUUCAAUUGUAGUUUUCACCUCUUCUCUGCAGAAGGCAGUAUUAUUCCUGCUCCACUGCAGUUCUAUCACAGUUUGUAGUCCUCAAAUACCUGCUCCAUUUAUAGCUUUAAUAGUGAAUGCUGACACUUUUUCAAUAGGGUAAUGAUGAAACAUCAAUGUCAUAAGGGUCACCAUGAUAAAUUUGCAUUCAUAUUUGAUAGUGACCCUGUAGUAAAUUCAGGUCCUCUGCGUCAGUACAAUAAGGCCCUAAAUUGAGUAGCUGAUAAUGACGAACUAAUUGUUAAUAAAUUUCUCCAUGCUUGAAAGCUGUUCCCUAAGUUGAUGCAGAACAUAAAUGUUAACCCUUUAUAACAAUAAUUGAAUCUUAUCCAAUGGAUGAAUAAAUUUAAACAAGCAAGCCAAGUACUUAACCAGUGUGUACAUUUCGAUGCCAAUCUGAAACUAUAUCUUUUGGUGUAAUUAAUUUCUUCAUUCAACAGAUCCUCUAAUAGCAGGGCACUUAUAGUCCAAAUUAAAUCACUCCUCACUUUGCCAUUUGCAUUAUGCCUGAGAGACUAAUAGUUUACAGGAUUGUUGAUAGCUUUUUUUCAUUCCAGACUUUCACAUUGUUUGAUGGAAUGCUUAGAAAGUCAGGACCUGUUCAUUAAACCAUGCAGGUGUGUUUCUGGAUUUGAGUUGUAUUUCUUUAAAAAGAUGUUUUAUUUUAUUAAGUAAUAAGAAUUAGCAUAAAUUACAUUGCAAACUUUCUCUGUAUUUCGGGGUGAUUCACAUUAUUCUUUACUCUGUAUUCAAGAAGACUAGGGAGAAAAUCUGCUAAAAAUAUUUAUUUUAUGCUAAAUAUUUUUUCAUUUCUGAUUUUUUUCACUUCACUGUUUUUCUCUCCAAAUUGUUACCUCUAACAGCAGAUUAUCUGAUUUGUUUGGUUUAUCUAUGCUAUUUACCCCAAUUUCCAAUGCACAUUUCAAUCAGGUCUGUUUAAGCCAAAUGAGGCUUUCAACAGAAUGUAAUUAACAAAUAGAUUGCAAAUAAUUACUCUUAAAACAAAAAAAGACUUACUAAACCUUUCUAAGUAUGGCAGAAAAUAAACAACGAAAAAAUCUAAAAGCCUAGUCUUUUCCUCUGAACCUAGACAUUAACUUUGCUGUGCUUUCCAGGUAGAGAUUGAGUAAGUGUUGCCUUUACUGAACA